AUGGCGACGGUGAAGCUGGCCACGCUGGCAAUUCGAACUAUCGCCAAACCCAUCAGCGCACAACUGAAAAACCAAGCUAAGCAACACGAGACGUUCCGGUCCAUAUGCGUAUCGCUCGCACAAGGGAUGUAUAUGGCCGAGAUCAAGCUCAGGACCAACAUUCUCGGAGAACCAGCCAGACAACACGUUCGUCCACUCUCAGAAGCGAGGGCAAUUGAGAAUGGUGCAAACGCCCUCGCUGAAGGCUUUCUCUUUGGCGUCGCUGCGCUUCUCAUCAUGGGCGAAACAUGGCGUACAUCGAGAAAUUCAACGCGACGGCGAGACGAUGUGGAUGACCAGCUCGAUGAGCUCAACAGCCGAAUGCAAGACCUAGGGACGCGACUCGAUAGCGUCACUGCAACAUAUGAAGAACGUUGGCAAGAGGAGAAGCAACGAAAUGACGAGUUGGCUCGGAUAUUGGAAAGGGUCGUGGAAAUUGGACUGAGGGGAGGAUGGGCAGAAUUCCAGGAUACCCCGCUCUUACUGCCUCGCAUACAACUGGCACCACGCCGACCACCAACAUCACUCACGGAAGAGUCAUCGUCAGACCUACAGUCUUCCAGCGACACACCAACUUUUGAACAUGAAAGAUCCAGCUCCUGA